CAGAAAGAACAGUAAAAAUGCAGGCAGGGCACAGGACAAAGCACUAGGGACAAAAUUGAAUUUAGUGAAUGUCACUUUUUGUCAUUUUCAAAUUUCCUGCCGUUCCGUCCCGACUCUCGCAGGGGACGUAACCCAGAUUACAGAUGCCGGCAUCCGCCGGAGGACAUUACAGGGGACACUGCAGGAGGGACAUCGCGGGAGCGCAGGACAAGGUAUGUAAAGAAGAGAUUCCGGAGCAGCACCACAUGGUAAGCCCGAGUGUAGCUCGGGGUUACCGCUUGUAGUACUGAAA